AUGGGCAAAAACCGCAAAGACAUUCGCGCUAAACAACAGGCCAGCGCCGCCUCUGCUAGCAAGUCGAGUGCAAUUGACAUCCCCGAGGACGAGCAAUGGCGCAUCAUCGAGCAGACCGGCAUAUUGAAGCAAGCGGGUACCUCAGGCAGCAAAGUGCCGGCAGAAGGAGACGAUGAGGAGGAUUACGAGAUAUCCCCUCUCGCGGACGAGAUAUUCCGCGCGCUGUAUCUCGCGAUACCCAUGUCAUUCAUGCUGCUUCUCAUGGAGAUACUUGUGCACAAUCAGUACGGGAGGCAUGCGACCUUUGAUGCUCUGCGAGACCGAAUGCUCUCGGGCAUGCCCAUCAUCUUCGUGUUCGUGUUCUACAGUGAGUUACACCAACGAACUGAUACGCCUGCAACAAGUUGUCUCUUAUCCAACCGAUACAAGACCGACAAGCGGAUGCAGGCCGCGUUCUUUUGGCUUUCUUGCAUAGCUGGCACGCGUUUGAUCUGGCUGAUGAAUCGCGGCAACUGGCUUGUGGUAAUGCGGCAAUGCCCACCAAUAGCGACGGCUUGGAUUUACGCAGUGGUUCAGCUGAACCUUGCCCCCGCAGUGCUCAGUCUGGUCGUCGCUGCGACGUUUACCUGGUACAAGGGCUACAAACUCAACAUCUGA